UGGGGCGGGGCUAAAUACGGAGAGUAAGACUCCUCUUCACUGUAAGCUGUUGUCACCACCGAUUCUGAUCUACAAAAGUCAUGUUACCCAACACCGGGAAACUAGCAGGAUGUACACUUUUUAUCACAGGUGCAAGCCGUGGCAUUGGCAAAGCUAUUGCAUUGAAAGCAGCAAAGGAUGGGGCAAAUGUUGUCAUUGCUGCGAAGACCGUCCAAGCACACCCCAAACUUCCAGGCACAAUCUAUACUGCUGCUGAAGAAAUCGAAGCAGCUGGAGGAAAGGCCUUGCCAUGCAUUGUCGAUGUGAGAGAUGAACAGCAAAUCAGUAAUGCAGUUGAGAAAGCAGUGGAGAAAUUUGGAGGAAUUGAUAUUUUGGUGAAUAAUGCCAGUGCUAUUAGCUUGACGAACACAUUGGAAACCCCUACGAAGAGGGUGGAUUUGAUGUUCAAUGUCAACACCAGAGGCACCUACCUCACAUCUAAAGCAUGUAUUCCUUAUUUGAAAAAGAGUAAUGUUGCUCAUAUCCUCAAUCUCAGCCCGCCACUGAACUUGAAUCCACUGUGGUUCAAACAGCACUGUGCUUAUACCAUUGCUAAGUAUGGCAUGUCUAUGUGUGUGCUUGGAAUGGCAGAAGAAUUUAAAGGUGAAAUUGCAGUCAAUGCAUUAUGGCCUAAAACAGCCAUACACACUGCUGCUAUGGAUAUGCUGGGAGGAUCUGGUAUUGAAAGCCAAUGUAGAAAAGUUGAUAUCAUCGCAGAUGCUGCAUAUUCCAUUUUCAAAAAGCCAAAAAGUUUUACUGGCAACUUUAUUAUUGAUGAAAAUAUCUUAAGAGAAGAAGGAAUAAAAAAUUUUGACAUCUAUGCAAUUAAACCAGGCCAUUCUUUGUUACCAGAUUUCUUCUUAGAUGAAGUCCCGGAUACCAAGAAAAUGGGAUCAUAUGGUGCCGCUCCACAGUUGAAAGAAGACAAGCCGCAGCCACCAUCAAAACCACAUUCUGGAGCCGUGGAAGAAACAUUUAGAACCGUUAAGGACUCUCUCAGUGACGACAUUGUUAAAGCCACUCAAGCAAUCUAUCAGUUUGAACUCUCUGGUGAAGAUGGUGGAACAUGGUUUCUUGAUCUUAAAAGCAAGGGUGGGAAUGUUGGACCGGGACAGCCCGCUGAUCAGGCAGACGUGGUGAUGAGUAUGACAACUGAUGAUUUUGUAAAAAUGUUUUCAGGUAAACUAAAACCAACAAUUGCAUUCAUGUCAGGAAAACUGAAGAUUCAAGGAAACAUGUCCCUAGCAAUCAAAUUGGAGAAGCUGAUGAAUCAGAUGCAAGCCAGGCUGUGAAGGAAAAGAAAAAAUAUGUCGACCUCUAAGCUCAAAAAGUAAAAGGGCUCAACAGUUAAAAUCUAAUGUUUGUUUUCUUCUCUAUUGUAUUAUAAGGAUAUGCAAGUUCUUGAAAAAAAAUAGAAUUUCUGUAUCUAUAAGACUUGUAAUCAUAAUUAAAACAGCUAGCUAAUCAAACAUAAGCUUCAUUAAGUAGAAUUCUAAGA